CUUUCCUUCUGAGGAGCGAGGCAGUGGGGGAGAGCAAGAGAGAGAAAAAGCGAAUCUCUCGCUCGUUCUCCACUGUCCGCUCUGUUCGCAAACGGGGUUUGGGACUUAGGGUUUCAUUUUUGUUGAAUUGGAAGCUUGAUUUGAGCUCCGGAGAAUUUUUUUUUUGGUCAGAAUUUGGAAUUCUCUUGCGUUAGAUUUGGACUUAAGUUGGUGGUAGGAGGUGGGGGAGAUUGGUUCUGAUUCCUUCGGUUUCUGGAAAUGGAGAUUUGUUGAAUGGUUCCAGAUCUAGAUCUUCUUUACUUCGCAUAAGUUACUGUGGUUUCUGUAUUUUCUGAAGUGUGUCCUGUGCAGUGGGGUGCAUCAAAGGCGUUAUCUGCGCAGUGUGGACUCUCUUUCUAGACUGCUUGUGACAAUGAAGGAUUCAAGGAGUUUGACGGAAGCAACAGAAGUGGGGUCACGAGUGUAUGAGAAGAAUUUGGUGGAAGAGAUGAGGGAGUUGGGGAAAUUGAGAACAGCUGUUAUGGUGGAGAAAUGUUUGAGUAAGAAUGAAGGGGUCAUGUGUCCCAAACCAAGGAGACGACAUAUGAGGCAUUUUGGAGAGCACACUGACAUUAAAGUAGGUGGAGAGCUUUCAGAUAUCAUCAUAAACAAGGCUUCACCACCUUGCUAUUCAGUUUCCCCUCCUGUUCGUGCUAGCAACCCUCUCAUUCAGGACGCACGGUUUCGUGAACAGAGGAUCUCUCAGAGCUCUACUCCUGGUGUUAGACUUGAAGGUUUUGGUAAUGUUGGUCACAGCCGAAGGUCGCAAAGCAUCCCAACAGUGGCGUGACACUGUUUUGCACAGCCAUCUCUCAUCUGCCAUUCUAAGAUGGUGGAGAGAGAGAGAGAGAGAGAGAGAGCAUGCUUAUGCAACUCCUAAUUGAAGGUUUGAUGAUUAUGUACAGGGUUUUCUUUUGAAGUUUUAAAGUGUCCUGUUUCAGCCAGUAGAUGGUUUGGUACUUGAAAUGCUUGUAAAUAUGCAUGUAUUUUGGUUAUGGUUGAUGAUAGGCUCUUGAUGUAUUUUAACUUGUCUCAAACAUUGAGGGUUGAAUAAGAUCAACGAUUUUGAAUUCCAAA